AUGCGUACGAUUCGAUUCGAUUCGAUUCGAUCUCUUUUUGAAAUAUCAGUUCGUGUUCGGUUCGGUUCGCCUGAGUCGAAUCGAACCGAAUCGAAUUGGCGAAUAUUCGGUUCGGUUUCGGUCUCUGCUGCUAGUAAAUUUCUGUUGAUAAGCAGAAAUCAGAGGUAUCACUUUCGCGAAAAUUGGUUUCAAUUUGAGAUUUGCCAUGCCCUCGGUUCAUUUGUUGGAACGACAACAACCACAACGACUCCAUUACCACUCGAUAGUAAUGCUUGUGGUAAACAAACAAUUAAACCAAAAACGAAUAAAUUGAGCCGAAUUUUUGGUGGAGAAAAUGCCAUUGCAAAUUCAUGGCCUUGGAUGAUUUAUUAUCAACAACGGAAAAUGUGUGGUAGUGAUGUAUGUUAUGGUGUAUGUAGUGGUACUUUGACCAAUGCAAAUUAUAUUAUUACAGCUGCUCAUUGUGUUACCACAAAAAACCCAGCUGAUAUUACUUUAGUUGCAGGAAUGCAUAAUCGAAUGUCAACUACAGAAGCAACUACGCGUCAAUUUCGAGCUGUUCAAUCAAUUCAUGUUCAUCCUGCAUAUGAUACAACCACUAAUAUAAAUGAUAUUGCUAUAUUGCGUGUUAGUACACCAUUUACAUUCAAUACAUAUAUUCAACCAGCAUGUUUACCUGGUAUCGAACCAAAACCAAAUGAACAAAUAAUUAUUGCUGGAUGGGGUGCUCAAGCAUUUGCUGGAACAGUUAAUGAUAUACUCAAACAAGCAUCUACGAAAGUUGUUGAUAAAUGUGAUUCUUGGCGGUCAUCUCUAGAUAGUUCAAAACAAAUAUGUGUGACCAAUUCUAUUGAUGGAAGUUCAGCAUGUCAAGGUGAUAGUGAUGGACCUAUUCUAGCUCAAUACAAUGGACAAUAUAUUGUAUCGGGUAUCGCUAGCUAUGUUCAAGACUGCAAUACAAAGGGAUCUACAAAUUCACCUAAUGUCUAUACUCGUGUAGCCGCUUAUAAAACAUGGAUAAAAUCAAUUACCAAUUAA